CUCAGCCACAGCAGGAGGGUGCACUGGAGAACUGUGUAGCUCCAGGCUCUAUAGAGGCAGGCUUCCAAGAGAGAGCCCCAGACGUGCCACAAUGAGGAAGCACCUGGGUGGGUGGUGGCUGGCCAUUGUCUGUGUCCUGUUCUUUAGCCAACUCUCUGCAGUCAAGGCCAGGGGCAUCAAGCACAGGUUUAAGUGGAACCGAAAGGCCUUGCCCAGCACCAACCAUGUCACGGAGGCCCAAGUCUCAGAGAUCCGGCCCGGGGCCUUCAUCAGGCAGGGCACCAAGCUGGAUAUUGACCUGGGAGCCGAGGCCAACAGAUACUACGAGGCCAACUACUGGCAGUUCCCCGACGGGAUCCAUUACAACGGCUGCUCUGAGGUCAACGUGACCAAGGCGAAGUUCAUUGCCAGCUGCAUCAAUGCCACCCACUCCGCCAACCAGGAGGAGCUGUCCCGGGAGAAACACGACAAGCUCUACCAGCGGGUCCUGUGGAGGCUCGUCAGGGAGCUCUGCUCCCUCAAGCGCUGUGAUUUUUGGUCAGAAAGAGGAGCAGGACUUCAGGUCACUGUGGACCAGCUCAUGAUGUUCUGUCUGCUAGCAUUCACCUGGUUUAUCAUGAAAUAAGUGUCCAAGCUGGCUGCAGCCACAGAGUGAGAGACCUGCCCUCCCAUGUCCCAAACCCAAGUGUCCUGAAGGUACCAAAGGGCAGCGAAUUCUCAGCGCUGCAGACAGCACUCUGAGUCUCUAAUCAGGCAUCUGUGUUUGAUAAAUGUACAUACACCCGGCCCUUGAGUACUGUGUUGGAGGGUGGCUUGUGUCACUGCAGCCUCUCAGCCCACAGUGGCUUGGCCAGCAUUCCAUGUUACACAAUAAAUAUUUGGUGAACGUAAAAGAAGGUGCUGGGGCCUGUGCCAAGUGACUCACAACACCUCCCAGCAAUUUUUUUUGGUGUGUGUGGGGGCUCAUUCAUUCCCUUUAUAUAGACGAGGAAACAGAGGGCUAAGAAGCGAAGUAGCUUGAAAGCAGCAAAGUAGGGACUCAACCCUGGCUCGUCUUGGGUUUCCUCUCUGUGUAUACCCCAGAGCUUGGCAGUGUGUAGGGCUCCAAAUCCAGUCACAUGUUUCUAAUGAAACUGGGGAAACUGCACUUGCAGAAAUAUGAAGACCUGAGCUGAAAGCUAUAAAUAUAUCUUGAUAUCUUGUGACACCAAGGGGCCAUUUAGCUCCUCUCAUAUGCUCACACUUAACAGAUAAGUUAAACUAAAAUAAAAAGAUAGACAAAGACCCAGAAUUCUGUGCUAUAGUGCCAAGCUGGUUCCCAGAGCAGAUCAGAGUUAUAGCAGGUAUGUUUAGAGUAUGACAAUUUUUAGCUGGACAAAUAAAUAAUCACUGUUUCCAUCCCUGAAGGAGUGAGUGAUCUGACGACAGUGUUAUUUUUAAAAAAAAAUUAUUAUCUUCAUUUGAUAGAGACAGCCAGAAAUCGAGAGGAAGGGGGAUAUAGAGAAAGAAAGAAAGAAAUAAAGAAAGAGAGAGAUACCUGCAACACUGCUUCAGCACUUAUGAAGCUUUCCCUCUGCAGUUGGGGACCAAAGGCUUGAACCUGGCUCUUUGUGCACUGUAAGGUGUACGCUUAUCCAGGUGUGCCACUACCCGGCCCCAACGACGACAGUGUUCUUAACUGAGUUUGCUUUCAAAUGUUCUUCUUUACCCUGUGAACAUGUUUUUAUGUGCAGGAUUCAAAACAUCUCUAAACAUAGUCUCUUGCGCUUUGCAACACGUGCGUGAAGCGCAAGGACCGGUAUAAGGAUCCCGGUUCGAGCCCCUGGCUCCCCACCUGCAGGGGAGUCACUUCACAAACAGUGAAGCAAAUCUGCAGGUGUCUAUCUUUCUCUUCCCCUCUCUGUCUUCCCCUCCUCUCUCCAUUUCUCUCUGUCUUAUCUAACAACAACAACAUCAAUAGCAACAACAAUAAAAGAAAAAAAAACAAGGGCAACAAAAGGGAAAAGAAAAGGAAAGAAAGAAAGAAAGAAAGAAAGAAAGAAAGAAAGAAAGAAAGAAAGAAGAAAGGGGAAGAAAAACUAGCUCUUAUGUCCUAAGAUGCCCCCACAGACACUCUGAGAUCUCCCUCAGAGACUCACAGGAGUUGUUGAACCCUGCUUGGAGAUAAAAAGUUGCCGACUACUAUUAUCUCUCUUUACAGAGUCUGCAAAGAGAAAAAUGUGCAUUGUCCAACAAUCUAUCCUCAGUCUUUUUAAACAUGAAUGUUGAUAAUGGUAUAUCUUGUUCUGUGCCUCUGUUGCUAUCAGCUUUCUUCUCAAGGAUACACUGGGGAGGUUCAACCCAGAAAAUGUGGAGUGGACCUGGGAGCAAGGGAGACUGGGGGAGCAGCCUUGGCUGGGCAACUGGGGGAUAGCUGGGGACAAGUGAUGUGUGUGUGUGUGUGUGUGUGUGUGUGUGUGUGUGUGUGUGUGUGUGUGUGUGUGUGUGAACAUUGUGCUUCCUUCUGCUUCCUGGUGAAUUCUAGUUCAAAGAGUGAAGUGAAAGCACAGAACACCUAGAAGUAAUUUCUUAAAUGUCUUUUUUUUCAUUUUUAUUUUGAAAAUAAUAACAAUAGCAGAAAGGGCAAGGAGCAAAAAAAUAAAUAAGCAAGUACUUGUAGGCUAAUAUUGAAAUUUCAAGCCUCGGUGCUCCUGUGUUGAAUUAUAAACACAUACAUAGCCAAAUAAGCGAGAUGCUUUCCUUUUUGAUUUGAAAGAACUUAGAUCAUGCUCUCUGUGUUUUCUAUGAUUUCUGCCUUUUCUCAUUGUAUUAAUUGUUCCAGAAAACAGAUGUAAGAAGGGCACAAUGUUAAUAUGUGCAUAGUCAUUCAAGUGUGUCUGUAUGUGCUUCUGUACUUGCUUGUAUUUGCAAAUGAUGAGCUCAAGGAAAGGCUGGACUCUGGCUUCUCGCUGCAACAAAGGACUGCUGACACCUUGUGAAGAUAUCGUCUCAAUUGUUCUUGAUAUAAUCCUUCUAGAUGAAAAUCAUUUUGCCUAUCACCACUUUCUUGUCCCCUCUGACUAUUGAUUUUUAAAAUACAACUUCAAUGGGAAAGCGACUUUGAAAUCACCACAGAAAUCUAAAGUAAAGCUUUGCUCUCACAUUCCCAACAUCUUUAAAAUAUAUAUGUAUGUAUUCAAUAAUAAUAUAAAUUGAGCUGUCCUAAUUUUUCACUUAAUUUUAUUUUAUGCCUUUUUAUUUUUCUAUCUUCUGGAGGGUGUAGGUAGAGGGAAUUCCUGUUCCUUCAUCCAUCUUCCCCGAUCCACCCCCUCUUUUCUGCCUUUGAUGCAACCUCCACACUUUUACUUAGAUCACUAGAGAGAACUUUUUUAAAAAAAAAUGUUAGAUUGCACAUUUUUAAAAUAUUGUAAUUGGGGCUGAGGAGACAGCGUAAUGUUCUACAAAAAACGUUCAUGCCUAAAGCUCUGAGGUGCCAGGUUUAAUCUCAAGUAUGACCAUAAGCCACAGCUAAGCAGUGCUCUGGUCUCUCUCUGUGUGUCCCUUGUUAAAAUAAAUAAAACAACUUUAAGAAUACUGUAGUUAUACAUAUUACAUGAACGCCCCUGAAAUUUGCUUCUUUAACUUAACACUGAAUUGUGGACCUCUCUCCUGUUCAACAGCUAGCUGCUAUAUAAUAAUCCACACUACAGGGUGUAACCAUUUAAUUGAUUUAUUAGUUUCCUUGAUGUAUUCCUUUAAUUGUGUGGUUUGAUUCUUUUCCUUGCUAAUGGGCCUUCAGAUUGCUUCCAGCUUUUCACAGUUACAAACAAUAAAAGUCCUUUUAUACAUA